AUGGCCCACGAGAUCUUCAAGGCCCAUGACGUGAACAUCUCGUCCCGCGGCCUCCCUCCAAUCGACCAGUCCCUCUUUUUCGGAGAAACCGGAUUCUUCUCCGCUCCCCAUGGAGAUUACUGGAAGUUCAUGAAGAAACUGCUCACCACAAAGCUACUUGGACCACACGCAAUCGAGCGGUUACGAGCCGUGCGUGCAGAGGAGCUAGAGCGGUUCUACUUUCGUCUCCUAGACAAAGCGAGGAAGAAGGAGUGCGUUGAGGUCCGUAAAGAAGCGAUGAUAUUCACUAACAACAGCACGUGCAAGAUGAUAGUCGGGAGGACGUGCUCGGAGGAGGAUGGUGAAGGUGAGAGAGUCUGGGGGACUGAUUACAGAAUCUAUUUCCUCCACAAAGAAGGUUUGUUUACAACCUUGCUGCGCAAGCCGCUUGAGAAGCUUGGAAUCUCACUGUUUAAAGAGGAGAUAAUGGGUAUUCCGAAAGAUUAUGACAAGGUGCUGGAGACGUUUCUUGCGGAACACGAAAAGUAG